AUGGUGGUCCCGUGGGAGAGGUAAGCGGGCAAGGGGAGGGAGCAGUUUUUUUUUUUUUGGAGAAAGAGGUGGAGAGAAACAAGGAAGAUUAGCUUCGAUUGUUUCCGCAAUUAAGGGGAUCAUGGAAGGAAAAUCACGGACUAAUUCAUUCCACAAAUCAGGCAGGAUGGGCCGCCGGGAUCGAAGGAUGGGGAGUGCGGACGAUUGACAGACUAUAGCGUCUGCUUGGCAGAACAUUUGAUCUGAGUCGUUGAUCUGGUUGGUUGGUCAUUGACGUAAUACGGACGGUAGGAUGUGUUUAAGUUAAUUUAAUCGAAGGGUCCUGAUUAUCCCGUGUACAGUUUGUUGUGUGGCUUUAGGGGAGUUUAUGUUUGCUCUUUUAAUAGUAGUAUAGAUGCAUUGAGUUAUACUCCCUCCGUUCCUAAAUAUAAGUCUUUUUAGAGAUUCAAUAUGAACUACAUACGGAUGUAUGUAGACGUAUUUUAGAAUGUAGAUUCAUUCAUUUUGCUUCGAAUGUAGUCCAUAUUGGAAUCUCUAAAAAGACUUAUAUUUAGGAACGGAGGAAAUAGAACCUAGUUGCUAGUAUCUAUUUUCUCCCUUGUUGUUAGUAAUAAUCUACUCUCCACUUCUGUCCAGAUACAUUGAGGAUAAGUAACUUCGCAGUUCUUCGAGAACGAGUUUUUUUUUUGUAUGCUCCUCUCCACCUAACCUUCCAUGUUGGUUUAUAGAUGACGAGUGUGCAAAGAAUUCCUGUGGAGAGAUGUUUGAAAUAUGCCUCGUGAUCCUUUAUGGUGUUAGCGGCCAUCUCCAUAGUGUUUUGUGUGUGUCCUUCCGCUCUGUUGUUGCAUAGCGUUUUUUGGGCUACGCAAAAACGUUUUUGACCAUGUUGGGGUUUUUGGGCAGCUAUUGGAGAGGUUUUUUGGCCUCCAGAAGCCUAAAAAGGCAGGGUUGCCUUACUGUUGGAGAAUGCUCUUAUGAGCAUGGUUACCAUAUCCAGUUUUGUAUGGCAUGCACGGUUUUAGGUUGUCAAUUCGACUACCGAAGCGCGUCCUGCACGUCAUUAAAAACAUAUCCUUAGUUUCGCUGUCGAAUGAAGCUUUAAAGUAUUUUUUUCUGUUUUUAUAUGAUCAUUCAACAUGAAGGUAUACACAUCAGCAUUUCAUGGUAUGCACUUUUUUCUCUAGCAGAAAGGUACACUAAAACAUUAGUUAAAAACGGUGAUCCAUACAAUGGACUAGAGGGAAAAUUCAUAGAGAAAUGGAGUGUACACACACGAAAGUCCACAUAAAACGGCAAAACACCGUUUCAUAAAUACUCCCAAAAAAGACAUAAAUAAUCCCCAAAAAGACAUAAAGCAGAGGGGGAAACCUCAAUGUACCCCCCCCGGGGUAGUGUUGAAUUCACGCAUACACACGCUCCCCCCAUUACUUAUUCACCAACGACACAUCCAUUUAUUUCCCCUUUAGCCCACGCUUUUAACGCCGCAGGCAAAUCCACCCUCGUCCUCGUCGUAUCUCAGAUCUCGUCCUCACCGCAUCACAACAUACCCCUCUCAUUGCCGCCGCGGCCAGAUCUAGAGCGGCUGCAAAAGCGGCGAUUGUGGGCGCGAUAUCGCCCUUGGCCAUGGUGAACUCAGCGGAGUCGCCGCCUGCGGCUUUCCCAUCGGAUCUCAGCAAGGAAGGCGGCAUUACGGAGGCGGGGGGUGGGGCCGCGGAGGUAGUUACAACGUCGUCGAGCGCCCACCGCGGGAGGUUGAUGUCGCUACCAUCAAUUCUCAAGCCCUGGGGGAGCCAACGGCUGCUGCGGUGUGUUCAUGUCAACCGCCAUGGCGAAGCCAUCGCCCCGGACACGGGAUCCUCCUCUUAUCAGCAAUAUGAGGUCAGCGAGAGGCUACAGCUUGGCCUCGGCAAGGUGGCAGAGGCGUCGGGGGCCGACAACCCCGCAGUCGACAAGUACCCUGAGGUCACGAAGGCGAUUUCUCCAGAGCCGUUGAAGGCACGCCGUGGCCGCCCGCGUCGCCUUGCUAUGCCAUCCCUCGCGGCCACGACUGUCGCGAGUGCAUCGCCGCAGGCAUUCGAGCGCGAGCGGCGGUCGAUCCGCGCAGAUGCACUCAAGAGGCCACGAUUCUCCGUAUCACUCUCCGCAGAGGAGAUUGAGGAAGACAUCUACGGCCUCACCAGCGCACUCCCGCGUAGCCGCCCUCGCGGUCGGCCCUGCAAAGUGCAAAAGCAGAUCGAUAUCAACAUGGAGUCCUACCGGGUGUCGGACAAUCGCUGACCCUGUCAACUCAACAAGCGCCUCCACCCAAGAGUAAGCAAGCAAAGUGAAUUCAAGGAUCACAAUUCACAUUCAAUUCGGUGCUGCCAUUGUUAGCUGCAUAAUCCAUCGAUUAAUUGUUCAGAUAGAGUCAGAGUUGGUAUGUAUGGAUCCCACCAGGAAACUAGUUGUAAGCAGCAAGUGAUGACCUGUUAGUGAUUUUUAAUUUUGAGUUGUACUCAGUGAUAUUCAUUUCUGUAAUAGCACUAGUGGUUCGUUACUUUGGUGUACUAGUAAUUGCAUUGCUCUUGA